UUUCAGAGAUACUUCCACAUUUUCUAGGUUCUCCUCUUCUCUUCUCCCCAUAGUUUUCCGAGAAAAUCCUCAUUUGUCUCUACAAAUCUGAAAGCAGCUACCAAACGUUGACUGCGGUUAUUGAUUUUAGUUCGGUGCUGUUUCUGCGUUUUUUCUUCUAUUGUUUCUGGUUUUGGUUGGAGUUUCUGCAAUGGCGGACUCGGGUAAAGUGCGGUUGGUUCGGUGUCCAAAGUGCGAGAAUCUUCUUCCAGAGCUGGCUGAUUACUCUGUCUAUCAGUGCGGUGGUUGUGGAGCUGUUCUUCGAGCAAAAGCUAAGGGGCAAGAGGGGGAUACUUUGUCAGAGAAGUCAGAUGAGGAGAAGGUUGGUGGAGUUUCUGCUAAAUUGGAGAAUUCCUUGGAAACAAGACAAGUUGAGUCGUGUGAUACUUCUAACUCAGAUGUUAAGUUAGUUUCUGGUUCUUUGAGGCGUGAUCAGAAUAAUUACGAGUUUGAGAAGAAAGAUACUAGGAACGGUGAGGUUUGUAAGAAUCAAUCCAAGGUUACAGCUGAUGAAUGGGUGGUUGAGGAUGGUAUUGAUGUGAGCAGAAAUAAAAAGCAUGAAGUGGGUAAUGCCUCAGAACUUGGCUCGACCGGUGAAUUCCGAAGAUCGGGAAGGAUGACGAAUUGGAAAGUGGGGGAUAGAGGUGAAACCGAAGACUUUGGGGGAAACACAAGAGUUGAGGUUGAAGGUGUGAGGUUUUCAACUUCGAAUUGUCCGGAUGAGGGUCCAUCUAAUUACCAACCGGGCUCUUCUCGCGGUUUCGGCGACUCGGCGAAGAAACAAAGUGUCCCAGAUGGAUCUAGAUCUCAGUACCUAGAACAAGAUCGAGCCGAGCUUCUCAAGAAGCUAGAUGAACUGAGGGAGCAACUUAGUCGGUCCUGUGAUGUGGUUGACAAGCCUAAAGAGAAAGUUCCUCUUGAUGGAAGAAUGAUACCUCCUGAUCCUUACGGUGGUUCUGAUGCUUGGUUUCCAGAUGGUUCGUCAGGGUCUAAUAGGCCUUUUAUGCAGUACGUUAGACCUGAUAAACAUGUCACUGGAUCCCCUAAUUUUGAGUUGAGAAGGCAAAGCAGGGAUUUGGCAUGA